AUGGCACCCUGGGUAAGAACUUUCUUUAUAACGAAGUUGCCAAAACUACUUUUGAUGAGAGUGCCAAAAGAUUUGUUGAGAGAUUUAGCGGCGCAAAAGAUAGCUGGAAGGAAUAUGAAAAAGAAUAAAUUCAAAGAUGCGUUGGCUGCGGUUGAUCAGACAAAUUCCAAUGUUUCAAGUCCGGAUUCCUUUCGUCAUCAUAUGCCUGGCGGGUGUAAUGGUUUGCAUACUACUACUGCUACCAACAGGUUCAGCGGUUUAGUUGGUGCUUUAGGCAGUCUCGGGGCGGGGUACAACGGGCUGCCAUCUGUGAUGUCAGGCCUCGAUGACUCCUUAAGUGACGUGGUUCCGCGUAAGAAAUAUCCUUUCGAACUGGAGAAGGCAAUUCAUAAUGUGAUGUUUAUUCAACACCACAUGCAGAGGCAGGACGAGUUUAAUGCGGAGGAUCAAGAUUGGGGUUUCGUGGCCAUGGUACUCGAUCGACUCUUUCUCUGGAUCUUCACCAUCGCUUCCAUUGUCGGCACAUUUGCCAUUCUAUGUGAAGCACCGUCUCUCUAUGAUGACACAAAACCGAUAGACAUGAUGUUGUCUUCUGUGGCACAGCAACAAUUUUUACCCGUUGACAGCGGUGACUCUUAA